AUGGCAGAGGCCAGAAUUUCAACAGAUCAGUUUUCAGUGGACAAUUUCAGCUGUCCAGUAUGUUUGGAUCUACUGAAGGAUCCAGUAACUAUUAACUGUGGGCACAGUUUCUGCAUGCUGUGCAUUAAUUGUCAUUGGGAUCAAGAACAACAGAGCGGGGUUUACAGCUGUCCACAGUGUAGAGACACGUUCACUCCAAGACCUGUUUUACGCAGAAACACCAUGUUGGCUGAAGUGGUGGAGAAACUAAAGAAGGCUACAUUUCAAACCACGUCUGUUGGACCUGAUGUUGUGGAUUGUGAUUUCUGCACCGGGAAACAACACAAAGCCGUAAAGUCAUGUCUGGUGUGUCUGACCUCCCUUUGUGAAACUCAUCUUGAACCUCAUCUUAAACUUCCUGCUUUAAGAAAGCACAGGUUGAUUGAAGUGUCUUCGAAACUACAAGAGAAGCUCUGCUCUCAACAUGAUGAAGUGCUAAAGAUUUACUGUCGUACCGACCAAAGAUGUAUUUGUUCUUUGUGCUUGUUGGAUAACCACAAAGAUCAUAAAACUGUCUCGGUUACAUCAGAACGAAUAGAAAAACAGAAAGAGUUAGAUCAGAAGCACAGAGAGAUCCAGCAGAGAAUAAUGAGGAAGCAGAAGAAGGUGCAAGAGCUGAAACAGGCUGUGAUCAAUAUUCAGCACAAUGCACAAGCAGCAGUAGAGAACAGCGAGAUAAUCUUUACUGAACUUAUCAGCUGCAUGGAGAAAAAACGCUUGGAGGUGGUAGGGCUGAUCAGAGAUCAGGAGAAGGUUGAACUGAGUAGAGCUCAAGAGAUCCUGGACAAACUGGAGGAGGAGAUUGUUGAUCUUAAGAAGAGAACCAAUGAGCUGAAGCAGCUUUCACAAACACAGGAUCAUGUUUGUUUCCUCAAGAAUUUCCAGUCAAUCUUAUGUGUCCCUGUUGUAAGAGAAGACUCAGUCAGCAUCACUGUCAACCAACAUUUCUCAUUUGAUAGAGUAAAAGAAUCUCUCUCAUAUCUGAAAAAUCAAAUAUCGGAAUUCUGCACAGAGGAAUUCAGUAAAAACCUUGGACAUGAUUAUUUGUACCUGACACUGGAUCCCAAUACGUCACAUCCACACCUUAGUCUUUCUGAGGACAACCGGGUGGUGACACACAGUUUAAGGCAGCAGUCAAAUGCUGAUCCAAAUGCUGAUCAUCCAGACAGAUUUGACCACUGGCGGCAGGUAUUGUGUCAUGAGAGUGUUCAUGGACGCUGUUACUGGGAGGUAGAAUUGAGCAGAGACGACAACCUGGAAAUAUCUGUCUGUUAUAAAAGCAUCAGCAGGAAAACAGAUGCUAAAGAAGGCAAAUUUGGCUACAACAGUCAGUCAUGGAGUCUGCAGUGUUCCUCUUCUCCUUAUUUCUGGCACAACAACAAUAAGACUGAGGUUCAAGGCCCAUUAUCUUCCAGAAUAGGUGUGUAUGUGGAUCAUGGUGCAGGAACGCUGUCCUUCUACAGCAUCUCUGAGUCCUACAGAGUCCAAACUAUGUUUACUCAACCCCUCUACGCUGGGUUUGGGUUAGUCCGAAGGAUUGGGGCAAUUUUUGCACCAACUGUGAAGUUAUGUGAUCCAAGAUGUAGCUCUGGGUUUAUGUAA